UGGAGAGAGAGUGACGAGAGGAAAAACCCCCAGCGGAAGGAGGAAGAAAUGAUAAAAGGGAAUUACAGAUAAAACCUAAAACCCUACCUCUGUACUCGCAACCACUCUCCUCCUCCUCCUCCUCCUCCUCCGUCUGCUUCUCGCAGGAGCAGCCCGAUUGCUUCUUCGCAGAACUACUGUCAAGCUCAAUGGAACUGAAGCGGGAGCCAUUGGACUGAGCUCACCGGGAGGCGGAAAAUGAGUUGCUGGAGUUGACACUCCUCACUGGUCACUGAUGCUGAUGCCGGUGGUGCCGCCGAGAUAAUGGAAAGUCUGAUCAGUUUGGCUUGAGAAUUGCGAAUAUCCGAGGGAACUAUGGAGCUGAAGAGGAAAACUCCACUUCAGCUUCAAGCGCUGGAGACAUUUUACUCAGAGGAGAAGUAUCCGACACAAAAGGCUAUGAAAGGUUAUGCUGCAUCGUUAGGAUUGACGUUCAAGCAAGUGCAGGGAUGGUUUAUAGAGAAGAGGAAGCGACGUAAAAGGAACUGUGAAGUUCCCUUCGGUAUUUCUGUUCAAGACAGAGCACAGUCAGCUGAUUUGUUGCCUUUGACAUGUGGACAUCUAGCUUGUACUAAUGCUAAGAGAACGGGAAAGCCCAUUUGUCUGCAGGAUAUGUUGUUCAGUCCUGGUUAUAUUCUGAAGAAAGUGUUUCGCAAGGAUGGUCCCGUCCUUGGUGUAGAAUUCGAUUCUCUUCCUACAGGGUCUCUUUUGCAUGGUAAAGCUGGCCCUCGAAAUAAUCUUUCUUGCCUUCAGAUUCUCAGGGAACCAAAAAAGAGAAAGGUAUCCACUCAAGAAAUGACAGAUAGCCAGGAUGGCUUUAAUAGUGAUCCAUUGAAAAGACAUGGCAUUGGCAAGGGUUUGAUGACAGCUUGGCGCGCAACCAAUCCUGACGGUGGAGACUUUCCUUCUGGUGUGGAUAUUGUUGGAAGAGCUGGCGCUACAUCACGUGUGUCAACUUCAAAAUUAAAGAAGUCUUGUCAAAGCAAAAACAAGCGUCAACAAACUGUUGCAAUGAUACAGAGGAAGCUGAGGGACAAGUUAUCAAGAAAAAAGAACCCUUUGAUGAAUAAGAAGAAAGAGGUGAAACGGAAACCGUUUAAUCAGGAUUCAGUUCUGAAGGAGACCCGCAGGGUAAAAUGCGACCUUUCUUUGGAAGGUGGAAUAACCCAAGAACUCCUUGAUAAAUUUGCAAUGCUAGUGGAUGAUGAAGAAUUGGAGAUGAGAGAGUUACAAGCAGGGCCGAAUCCUGUCUCCUGUUCAAAUCAUUUUGCUUCCAAUGGAUCAAAUGGUUGUUCCCUCUGUAAAGAUUUUUUAGCAAAAUUUCCUCCAAUGUCGGUCAAGAUGAAGCAGCCCUUCUGUAUGCAGCCCUGGGAUUCUUUGGAGACGGUCAAGAAGCUCUUUAAGGCAAUCCAUUUUCUUUAUACUUAUGCUGCGAUGCUUGAUAUUAACUCUUUUACUCUUGAUGAGUUUGCUCAAGCAUUUCAUGACAAGGAUUCCUUGUUACUUGGAAAGAUUCAUUUGGCCCUCCUGAAGCUUCUUCUCUUUGACAUUGAAACGGAGCUUACUAGGGGGUCCUUUCAUCAUUUGAGCAAAUCUUGCAAGUUAUUGGCAUUACUACACUCGGUUGAGAAUCAAGAUAUCAUUGUUGAUUUCUGGAAAAAGUCCUUGAACCCAUUGACAUGGACAGAAAUACUACGUCAAGUAUUGGUUGCAGCAGGUUUUGGAUCAAAGAAAGGUGCAUCACAUAGAGAAGCUGUUAACGAGGAAAUGAGCCUUAUGAUGAAGUAUGGUAUGCGUCCUGGGACUUUGAAGGGAGAGUUGUUUAGGCUUUUGUCGGAGCAAGGUAAUAAUGGCCUGAAAGUUUCUGAAAUGGCAAGGGCUUCACAGGUUAUGGGGUUGAACAUCUCCAGCAAUACGGAGGAACUGGAAAAAGCUAUAUGCUCCACGCUUUCAAGUGAUAUUACUUUGUUUGAAAAGAUUUCACCCUCCAUAUAUCGUCUACGGAUAAACUUUACCUCAAAGGAUGCUGAACAUCUUCAGUCUGACACAGAUGACUCAGGAAGUGUUGAGAAUCUCGAUGAUGAUAUGUGUAGCAGUGGUGAUGAUUCUGAGUGCGACUCAGGAGAUCUUACUGUUGGAAUAUUUAAGUGUGCAAAUAGUCACAAAAGAAAAAAUAGCAUGAUGAUAAUAGAUACAGAGAUUGAUGAGAGUCACCCCGGAGAAGUAUGGUUGUUAGGACUGAUGGAAGGUGAAUAUUCUGACUUAAGUAUUGAAGAAAAGUUGAAUGCUUUAGUGGCCUUGAUUGACCUUGUUCGUGCUGGAUCCAGCAUUCUUAUGGAGCCUGAGCAGAAUUCAUCACAAAUAGUCACUGAAGCAGUUCCGAGCUCUGUCUAUACUGGUUGUGGAGCAAAAAUUAAGAGGGCCUCAUCAAAUCAGCAAAACUUAUUAGGUUCCUCCUUGGUGCAUCAUGAACAAAGGCACGGCCUUAGUUUGUCAGCAGAGACUCAACCCAUCGAUUCUUCAGCGUUGCUGUCAAAAUUGCAUGUUAAGCAGAUAUCUUCUGGCAAAUUAACAGAAGCAGAAGAUGUGGAAAUAGCUGAUUAUCCUCACCCAAUGCAAUCUGUGUAUCUGGGAUCAGAUCGUCGUUACAAUAGAUAUUGGCUUUUCCUGGGUCCUUGCAAUGCAAGUGAUCCGGGACAUAGGAGUUUCUAUUUCGAAUCUUCUGAAGAUGGGCACUGGGAGAUCAUUGAUACCAAAGAGGCUUUCUGCUCCUUACUAUCGGUUUUAGAUAAUAGGGGUGUGCGGGAGGCACUUCUUAUUGAAUCUUUGGAGAAACGAAAGGCUUUUAUCUUCCAAUCAAUGUCAAGAUGUAUGGUGAGUCAAGCUGAUGUUAGAUCGGGGAUCCUAUCUGAUAUGAGUGAGCGUGAUUCUGUCAGGGAAGCAAGUUCUUCUCCUAUUUCUGAUGUAGACAAUGGCACAAGUCUGAUUGCAAGUGGAGAUUCUUUUCCUUUAUGUAGUGCUAUAACCAUUGAAGUUGGAAAGAAGGGGGAAGAACUAAAGCAAAGAUGGAGCCGCCUUAAAGCAGUUGAUUCAUGGAUAUGGAAUUCUUUCUACUUAGCACUUAAUGCUGUAAGGCAUAAAAGAAAAUCUUAUCAUGAUUCACUUAACAAAUGUGAGAGAUGUCAUGAUUUGUAUUGGCGAGAUGAAAAACACUGUAAGAUUUGCCAUACAACGUUUGAGCUUGAUUUUGAUUUAGAAGAAAAAUAUGCAAUCCAUGCAGCCACUUGUAGGGAAAAAGAGGAGACUGAUACGUUUCCAAAGCACAGAGUUCUAUCAUCACAGUUGCAGUCUAUAAAAGCUGCAAUUCAUGCUAUAGAGUCAGCUAUGCCUGAAGAUGCACUUAUUGGUGCUUGGACCAAGUCUGCCCACAGGCUUUGGGUAAAAAGACUCAGACGAACCUCCUCCUUGACAGAGCUUUUGCAGGUCCUUGCAGAUUUUGUCAGUGCCAUUAAUAGGGAUUGGUUGCGCCAGUGCAACACUGUGCCUGGUUGCAAUUUAUCUGGGGAAGAAAUAGUUGCAUAUUUUCCUAUUAUUCCUCAUACUACAUCUGCAGUUGCGCUCUGGCUGGUCAAAAUGGAUAUGCUAGUAGCUCCAUACUUGGAAACUUUACGGUCUAGUGAGAAUCAUUAGUUGGAUUUGUCGUGAAGCAACCUCUACUACUCAAUAGGCGGUGACAUUUUGCACAACGAGGUGGAUAUUCCUACCCUUGAUCUUAGCAAGGAGUGUCUAAUGUGAGGUACUCAAAGAUGGCUUAUUUUUCUCGGAGGUCCAGAGAGGAUUGUGCCAUUAUUUCUGGAAAGAGCAGAAGAUUUGAAUAUUUCAUGUGGCAGGAUGUUACUAGGCCAGCAUGGCACUGGAUAGGAGGGGGAGGGCAGCACAAAAAAUCACUUUUUUACAUCCAUUUAUGUUAUGGAGGCAUUCUGAGGGAACUAUUUGUGACUGAAUGAUGUUGUAAAGCACGAGGCUUUUAAAAGUUUGAGCUCUAGGAAUACAUAGUCACUAUACCAGUGACCUUGUGCCUUUUGGCAACACUAGCUUUGCUCCUCUCUUCCGGAAAAAAGAAAGAUAAUGUCACGAGCUUCUCCGGUGAAUCUUUACUGGAGGAACGAAGUUUUGCCUGAUGUAAAUUGUUGAACUAGGUCAUUGAAUAAAUGUUGAAAGAGUUGAGCGGCA